ACCACUACCUUCACUACCACCUCCAUCUUGCCAACCGCCUACUCUCUCGAAGCAGCUACCUGGGUGGCCACCAUCUUCACUGUAGUCUCCUCAGUCUGAUCACACCCCAGGUUGAGGUACCGACUGGUGUCAUGUCUGCCACCGGAGAUCAAGAUCCAACCCAAGCGGGUCAGGAAGGCCCGGUGAGCCCUGAGGGAGCUGGCGACGGGAUGAGUCGCGACUCCGGACCCCAGGGGGUGGCAGGGCCUGCAGCAGGUCUCAGAGAAGAAGAGGUUGAGCUGGCGGCCGCUCUGGCGGGAGCGCUGGAGGGAGGAGAUGCUGAAGAGGGCGAAUCCCCUCCGGUUGAGGCAGAUAGGAGAGAAAUGGCAGCAGGCAGGAACAUGAUAGUGAAUGCUCAUCAGUUACCCACGGCAGGCUUUCGCUUUAUGUUUCUGGAUCUCGUCUACUCUGUUCUCCAACGCAUCUACUUCAACGACCACAUUCUGAUCCGGCCCCGCGGCGGCGGCCCUCCCACGUUGAUCAGUCGCCGGAAGACCUGGCUGGCAUUGAGGGUCAUGUCCGGGGAGGCCGAGGGCCUGACCGAGGCGGCCGCAUCUAUCGGAGAACCUGAGGAGCCAGCAGAGGGGGCCAUGGCAGCUCAGGAUUUGACCGAGCUGGCAGAGCAAGAUAUAGUGCAGCCGGCAGAGGAAGUCACAGAGGAAGCUGAGGUUCCUAAGGAGUGUAUAAUGUACUACAGUGAGGAAGUAACUCAAGAUAAGUAUGACAACUGGAAUGAUGACGUUGAAGAUGCUGACGAACGCUUCUGUUCCAACGACCACAUUCUGAUCCGGCCCCGCGGCGGCGGCCAUCCUCUGUUGAUGAGGCGCCGGCCUCAGUCGCCGGAAGACCUGGUCGAUCCGCCCCCACUUGUGGUGCCCCAGAGGCUGGCAUUGAGGGUCAUGUCCGGGGAGGCCGAGGGCCUGACCGAGGCGGCCGCAUCUAUCGGAGAACCUGAGGAGCCAGCAGAGGGGGCCAUGGCAGCUCAGGAUUUGACCGAGCUGGCAGAGCAAGAUAUAGUGCAGCCGGCAGAGGAAGUCACAGAGGAAGCUGAGGUUCCUAAGGAGUGUAUAAUGUACUACAGUGAGGAAGUAACUCAAGAUAAGUAUGACAACUGGAAUGAUGACGUUGAAGAUGCUGACGGUGAAGGAGAGAAGGAAGAAGAGAAGAAAGCAGAGGAAGAAAACAAGGAAAAUGGAAAAGAAGAACCUUAAAGGACCAGGAUCCAGCAGAAGGCAGGACCAAAACAUGCAGUUGAGAGGAGUAGAAAGAAAAAAUGAAGAAACAAG